GCACCUUUUCUCUGCAUGCACAGCCACGAUAGUACGGCCCCCGAAGUAACCCCCCCACCUUUUUCUUAAUCGCUCCGAGCGACACCGAAGAGAGAGAGAGACGCGUUCUUGUUGGUUUCUUCGUUCGUUUGCUCUUCCUUGCCGUCCCCUCCCCAUUGCUGUCUUCGUAUUUCUCCCCUCGGCCGGCUAGAGAGAGAGAAAGAGGGAGAGAGACAGAGAGAGAGAGAAUAGAAACAAAAAGGAACGAUUUUGACGAGAACCCAUCGCCGCAACGGACUUCCCCUGGCGGAUUCUCCACCGUGCCGUCGCGGAUUCUGAUCCCGUUCCGGCGCGCAGCGCGGUUCCUUUCGACGGACGUCUCGAGCGGGGCCCGGCUCCUUCCGAGCCGAUCGGAAUGUCGAUCGGGAAUGCGGAUUUCUAGGGUUCUUCGUCAUUUGCUAAUUGAUUGGGAUUGACCGAUGCAAGGCGACUCCGCGAUGCCACCCGAGGCCGAUCGGGAUCCCCCGGCCGAGAAUCUCAGCUGCGAUUGGCCGCCUCCGGCGGCGGUGGCGGCGGCGGCCGGUGGAGAGCGGGCGGAGGAGCAGUGGCGUGGCGGAGGCGGGUCGGCUCCCGGGACCCCGCGGCUUCACCAGCUGCCGCUGCCGCAGCCGGUGGGGCCGAGGCACGCCCCGAGGUAUGCGGUGGUGGAUGCGAUAAUAGAGGAGGAGGAAGACGGGCCAGGGCAAAGGUGCGGGCACACGUUGACAGCGGUCGCCGAUGUUGGAGACGAGGGCUCGCCGGGUUACAUGGGGCCGAGGCUGAUAAUGUUCGGGGGCGCCACCUCGCUCGAGGGUAAUCCUGCAGCUUCGGGGCCUCCGUCAUCCCCUGGAGGUGGAGGUGCUGGAAUCAGACUAGCGGGUGCCGCUGCUGAUGUUCACUGUUACGAUAUCUUGACAAAUAAAUGGUCCAAGAUCACUCCUCUCGGAGAACCACCAUCACCAAGGGCAGCUCAUGUUGCCACUGCGGUGGGGACAAUGGUAGUUAUUCAGGGAGGCAUUGGUCCAGAUGGCCUGUCAGCUGAGGAUCUCCAUGUUCUUGACCUCACUAGUCAUCGUCCCCGAUGGCAAAGAGUUGCUACUCAAGGCCCCGGUCCUGGUCCUCGUUAUGGUCAUGUAAUGGCUCUGGUGGGCCAACGGUAUCUCAUGGCAAUUGGUGGAACUGAUGGGAAACGAAUCUUGGCUGAUGUAUGGGCACUGGACACAGCUGCCAAACCCUACGAAUGGCGUAAGUUGGAGCCAGAAGGGGAGGGUCCGCCUCCAUGCACGUACGCAACAGCAAGUGCACGCUCUGAUGGUCUCCUUCUACUUUGUGGAGGGCGGGAUGCCAGUGGUGUUCCAUUAGCAAGUGCCUAUGGGCUUGCCAAGCAUAGAGAUGGACGAUGGGAAUGGGCAAUUGCUCCUGGUGUUUCACCAUCUCCAAGAUAUCAACAUGCAGCGGCCUUUGUUAAUGCACGGCUUCAUGUGUCUGGUGGAUCACUUGGUGGCGGACGCAUGGUUGAAGACUCAUCAAGCAUUGCAGUGUUGGAUACUGCAGCAGGUGUUUGGUGUGAUACAAUGUCUGUUGUUACCAGCCCUAGAACAGGCAGAUAUGCAGUUGAUGCACCUGGGGGGGAUGCUGCAGUUCAUCUGAUGAGGCGUUGCAGGCAUGCGGCUGCUGCUGUUGGUGACCUGAUAUAUGUAUACGGUGGUUUACGCGGUGGGGUUUUACUUGAUGACCUGCUUGUUGCUGAAGACCUAGCUGCUGCAGAUACAGCAACAGCUGUUUCACAAGCUGCAGCUGCAACUGAAAAUGAUGAUAUGUACACUGACAGGAAGACUGACCAUGCCAUGUUAUCGGGCUCCUGGAGGUUGAACAAGGGAGUCGAGUAUUUGGUUGAAGCAUCAGCAGCAGAAGCUGAGGCUAUCACUGCAGCUUUAGCUGCUGCUAAAGCACGGCAAGCUAAUGGAAAUGUUGAAUUGCCGAGUAGGGAUCAUGGGGUAGAGGCUACCUCAAUCGAAAAGCAGGUUGUUUUACCUGCAGAGGCUAAAGCUCUUGGUAGCACUGUGAAAGGAUAUCCAAUAGAUCAGUUUGAAAAAGAUGGCAGGCAGAUUUCAGUGAACACAAAUGCAGCAAGGAAAUUAUUUGAUGUUCAGAUGUCCUCUAAAAAUGUGCCUAAAAAGGUCAUUGCACAUCUUUUGAAGCCACGUGGAUGGAAGCCUCCCGUUUGCCGGCAAUUUUUCUUAGAUUGCAAUGAAAUAGAAGAUCUUUGUGACUGCGCUGAGAGGAUAUUUUCUGCUGAACCCAGUGUCUUACAGCUGAAGGCUCCAGUGAAGAUAUUUGGUGAUCUUCAUGGACAAUUUGGAGAUCUCAUGCGCCUAUUUGAUGAAUAUGGUUCCCCUUCUGCAGCUGGGGACAUUGCAUACAUUGAUUAUCUCUUCUUGGGAGACUAUGUUGAUCGUGGCCAACACAGUCUGGAGACAAUUGGUCUUCUGCUUGCGUUGAAGGUUGAAUAUCCGGACAAUAUACAUCUAAUUCGUGGCAAUCAUGAAGCUGCAGAUAUCAAUGCCCUCUUUGGCUUCAGGAUUGAGUGCAUUGAGCGCCUGGGUGAAAGAGACGGAAUCUGGGCAUGGCAUCGGAUAAAUCGCUUAUUUAACUGGCUCCCUCUGGCAGCCCUUAUUGAAAAUAAAAUCCUUUGUAUGCAUGGUGGUAUUGGCCGUUCCAUAAAUUAUGUUGAGCAAAUUGAGAAUAUUCCCCGGCCAAUUACCAUGGAAGCGGGCUCAAUCCUUCUCAUGGAUCUGUUAUGGUCUGAUCCCACGGAAAAUGAUGGUGUUGAAGGACUUAGGCCAAAUGCCAGAGGUCCAGGGUUGGUCACUUUUGGGCCGGAUCGCGUGAUGGAGUUUUGCAACAACAAUGAUCUCGAGUUGAUUGUACGUGCUCAUGAAUGCGUGAUGGAUGGCUUUGAGCGUUUUGCCCAAGGUCACCUAAUUACAUUAUUCUCAGCAACAAAUUACUGCGGUACCGCAAAUAAUGCUGGGGCCAUCCUUGUACUGGGCAGAGAUCUAGUCGUGGUCCCUAAGCUUAUUCAUCCUCUGCCACCAGCGAGCUCAUUCCCAGAAGCGUCAGCUGAAUGCCAGGCCGAAGAUACGUGGAUGCAGGAGCUUAAUGCUAACAGACCUCCCACACCAACUAGAGGGCGUCCACAACCGCAAGUAACCAAAGAUCGGGGUUCUGUUGCUUGGAUAUGAUAGAUACUAUUUUCGUACACUUACACCAGGUCUAGGUAGCCAGAUUUCCUCCAAAUUACCAAGACGUGAAGAGAACCAGCUCCAAGCUCCUCCAGCCAUGUGCACCGCACAGAGUACUACGAGGCAUGGGGGUGCGCAUACAUCAUUUGUACAUAUAUCUGUCUUCAUCCCCUUGAAUACAGGGGUGUUUCCAAGUAGCGCUUUUAGGACAUGAUUGAGAGCGGCUGUGGGGAGACGACAUACAGAAACCUUCGACUUGGGGAAGAUCUGACAAAAAUCUGCCACCUCGGCCUGUAGAAGUUGCAAUUUUUCCUCCUCUCUUUACUACGAGAGGUAAAAGAAGAAUUUCCUUCCUCAGAUUCAUUUGCCUUUUUGUUUCCCUCUGUUUAACCCUUUUGUUCGUUCAGAAGUAUGGUUAUAGCGUCUGUAAGUUGAUAGUAGUCGCCUAGAUUUUUGUCCCAUUCGGACAAUGUAAAUUCUUUGCGAUGUAUCGGGAGAGGGCCGAAUGAAUUGUUUGUCAUAUCUACUUGCUGCUAACCACGAGAGCUCAAGUUUUGCGA